AUGAAGUGUCUCCUCGUCGCCGCCGUCGCCGCCGCCGCGCUGGCGCGCGCCCUGCCGCGGUCCGGCCAGGUCGCCGUCGGCCCCGCGGCGCCGCUGCGGCGCCUCGCCGACGGCGAGCUGACCUGCGCGGCCAAGGUGCAGCGCAAGGCCGCGGACCUCGUCGACGAGGACGAGGCCUACGGCUGGUGCGAGCUCAAGCGGGACCUGCGGGCCCAGGCGCCCUGGCGCGACGACGCCACGACCUACGUGGCCGCGCUCUACGGGUCCCACCGCUGGACCGCGGCGACGCGCGGCUACGCGACCUUCGUCGGCCUCACGCAGCGGAUCGUCUUCGCGGCCGUGUCCGUCGCGGGCAACGUCCGCGUCGUCUACUUCCACUGGGUCACGCCGGCGCACCCCAAGUUCACCCUCGACCCGCUGAACCGCCUCGCGGUCAAGGCCCACGUCGCCGCGGGGUCCGCGAACGUCUUCCUGCCGCUCGUCGCGUUCUUCUCCGGGCCGGCGCGGGGCCGCGCGCUCAUGUGGCUCGUCGCGGGCUUCGAGCUCGUCCACUGCGCGACGGCCCUGCGCAUGAUGCCCAACGUCUUCGGCUGCAAGGUGCUCAUGACGCCCGGCUACGCGUGCUGCGUGCUCGUGAAGUUCGGUUUGGCCUUCUACCUCGUCGCGAGCCUCAUCGCGGACGACGCGGCCUACAAGGACCAGGCGGAGUGGCUCUGGGCCUACUGGUCCGCGCACAACACCUACGCCUGGGUGCGCAUCUGGUACGUCGUCCUCUGCCGGCUCCGCGUGGAAGAAAAUCGCUACACGAUCGCGAUCCUGCUCGCGGGCGCGGUCUGCUGCGGCCAGGCCAUCGGCUUCUGGGGCAUUUUGGUCAUGUUGGGGUGCCUCUUCGCCCACUACGCCUACCUCGACGUCAAGUGCCGGCGCCUCGCGGCGCGCGUCGCCGCGGGCACCGCGGACCCCGCGGCCGCGUACCUCGAGGCGCGCCUGGGGGCCGCGGCCUGGACGGAGUGCGCGCGGACGCCGCCCGUGGGGCCGCCGGGCUCCAAAACCUACGCCCGGGCCGUGGCCUUGGUGGAGAAGUACCUCGUGGACACGUCGACGCCGUCCGCGGCGGACUACGGCGCGGACUGCCAGGGCGGCCUCGUCUUCGACCUCAUCGACGCGGACGGCGACGGUGUCCUCGACGCCGACGAGCUCGUCGCCUUCCUCGUGUCCUUCGGGUGCGGCGCCGACGACGUCGCGCGCCUCUUCGCGGGGCUGCCGGAGGCGCAGCGGGACGCGCCGACGAUCGCGCACGAGGACUUCGUGGUCUACUUCGCGCCCUUCUGGCGCUUCCUCUUCCCCCUCUACGUCGAGGAGCUCCACCGCCGCUUCCACGGCGCGGGCGGGCGCCACGCCUUCGAGGCGCUCCACGCGGCGACGGCGGGCGCCGGCGGCGGCUGCCCCUUCGCGGCCGCGCUGGCCGAGUCCGGCGCGAAGCAGGGCCUCGCCGCGCUCCGCGGCGCCGCGGCCGCGGCCUGCGACGCCGGCGACGCCGCGUCCAAGCAGCUCGGCCUCGCCACGGGCGCGGACCUCGCGAAGACGCUCAAGGGCGACGGCGAGGCGUCCCAGUGGGCGUCCUUCACGGCCGGGCCUCGUCACGGUUGCAAGAGCCGCUGGCACCUCCUCAUGGCGAUGGCGCAGGCCGCGGACCUGCUGCGCUGCAUGGGCCUCGCGUCGCUCCUGCUCUGCGUCGCCAUCGCCGCGGCCUGGGCCGUCUUCGGCGCGCGCAUCACGGAGCUCAUGGCGCCCGUGCGCGCGGUCGGCCGGCGGCGGACGCUCAUGCCGCUGAGCCUCGGCGACGCCGCGCUGCGGCCCGACGCCGCGACGCGGACGUGGCACGCGGCGCCGCGCGCGCCGGACCGCGCGCCGCUCGACGCCGCGCUCUUCGCCGCGCCGGACCCGAAAUCCCCCCCGUCGCCGAAGAAGACGCGCUAA